AUGCAAGCUGCCUUAGACGAGGUGGAAAAACUGGCUAAGCGAGGAAAGAAAGUUGUUGAUAAGAAAGAAGCAACCGAAGAGCCCUCUUCUAAACCCUCUAAGUCAAAGAAAAGAAAAGCUGAAAAGGGUUCACCUAGGGGUAAUACACCUCCUCGGUCUCCAACUCAUGUGGAUCUUGUUAAUGAUUUUGUUCCAACACCCCCUCCAUCUCCAGCCAAGACAACCAUUCAGGUCACCGUCGCUCCUCCACCCCCAUCUUCAACACCACUAGUUUCCAUUAUUGCUCCACCACCGCCUGUCAUUUCUACUCCAAUCACUACCACACCAUUACCACCACCUAUUUUCUCCAACACAACCUUUACCUCUACACCAAUCAUCACAGCAACCAUAGAUUCUUCUGUCAACGUCAACACAUCUGAUGUGGAGGCGGAGACUGAAGAACCUCCAAAAAUCACCACAGAGCCUCUUUCAUCAACUCCUUCUAGUGAUUCUAAUCCAAUUCUUAGAGGAGAUGAUUUUGAAUUUGGUUCUACCUACUACAGUCCCUACCAAAUUCCCAGUGAGGAAGAUGAAUCUGCACCGGCAACAAAGCAACACAUCGACAGUGUUCAUGAAAAGCUUGAUUUCCUGCUCUCUUCAACAACAAAGUAUAAUGAUGUUGUUCUCAAAGAUUUCAUGGAUACAACCAUGAACCAAUAUGCAGAAUCGAUCGACAAAUGUACUGCUGCAAUCGAUGAUUCUACUUCUUUAUGCAAACGAGCCACUGCUGAUGUUAAAGAUCUCAUUCAGGACUCCCAGGUUUUUCUUGACUCCUUAAAAGAGUCCAAUUAUUCGCUUUCUCAUUCUCUUCAAGCGGAGCAGACCAAGUUUGAAACUGUCAGGUCGGACCUCUCUACUGACACCAAGACUUUCUUGUCUUCCAUUAACUCUCGGUUCGAAAAGCUCACUUCCGAUCUUCUCAUGGAAAGACAAAUCAAGGAUGAUUUUGCUCAAUAG